GCCAAACUGUUUCAUCCAAAUUUAUGGUGCCAAACGGUGGGCAAUUAUCACAAAAUAGCAAAAUUAAAUCAAAUUGAUUCGUUACAAUUUCUCAUCCAAACAAACUGCCACAACUUGAGUAUUAAUUUUUUUUCACUUAAUUUUUAAUUUCAUAUCACAAUUUUGAGGUGUCAUAACGGGGUUGACUCAUUAGUAUGAUAGCAAUCCUCCCCUCAAGACAAGGACCACGAACUUCGUGUCCUCACCUCAACGAUUAUCUUGAUCCGGCAAACCCAAACGUGAGUAUUAAUUUUUUUUUCACUUAAUUUUUAAUUUCAUAUCACAAUUUUGAGGUGUCAUAACGGGGUUGACUCAUUAGUAUGAUAACAAUCCUCCCCUCAAGACAAGGACCACGAACUUCGUGUCCUCACCUCAACGAUUAUCUUGAUCCACCAAACCCAAACGUGGAUCUCUCCUGGAUCCACCAAACCAGACGCAGAUCUCAAUCUCGAGGUCACCGAACGAGGGUCCACCAAACUGACGUCUACCGCCCCGAAUCCACCGAACCAGGCUCUGGUACCACUUGUCAUAACGGGGCCUGCUCAAUUAGUACGAUAUUGUCCGCUCUGGAUCCACCAAACCAGACGCAGAUCUCAAUCUCGAGGUCACCGAACGAGGGUCCACCAAACUGACGUCUACCGCCCCGGAUCCACCGAGUCCUCACCUCAACGAUUAUCAAUCCUCCCCUCAAGACAAGGACCACGAACUUCGUGUCCUCAACUCAACGAUUAUCUUGAUCCACCAAACCCAAACGUGGAUCUCUCCUGGAUCCACCAAACCAGACGCAGAUCUCAAUCUCGAACGAUGGUCCACCAAACUGACGUCUACCGCCCCGGAUCCACCGAACCAGACUCUGAUACCACUUGUCAUAAGUGGGCCUGUUCAAUUAGUACGAUAUUGUCCGCUUUGGGCCAAACUCGUACGGUUUUACUCUUGGGUGUCCUCCCGAAAAGGUCUCGUACUAAUUGGGUUAGGUGGACUCUAAUAUACAAGGGUUCCUUCCUUUGAAUUAUGAUGUGGUACUUGGAUUGUCCUAUGAGAAAAUAAAGAAACCAAGAAAUGAAAAUUACUGGAAAAAAGGCGGCUCUAAAGGGCUAAAGGCCCAUUCCCGCAGUUUCUAUCAGCCUUCGUUCUUUUCCCUCUCCCGCGUGUUUGUUUACUGGGAAAAUCAAAAUUUCCAAACUCGGCUUUGACUCUGCAGACUAAGGCUUUUUUUUUCCCCAAUGUCCACUCCCUUCACCUCCACUAGGUCCCUUGCUCCCAAAAUCCUACUUCCUCUUCCCCAUCAUCAUUGAUUCAUUUUAUAUAAACACUCCCACCAUCGAAGCUCUCAAACUUAAAACCCAGUCCUCAAUUGAAUAAACAGAGAGUAGCUUCCCUUUCUCCCCCCAAUUCGGAAAACUUGGUGGCCGGUGAUCUUUCAUCAGAUCACUCAUGUCUUUAACUGCUCUCUCUUAAAACUCCCCUCCCCAUUUCACUUCAGAUCCCUCUUCACUUACAAAGACCCAAACUUUCAAAGCCAAAACCAGCUCUCUCUGAUCAAAAGGAUCGAGCUCGGAUCAUAUUUCCGAGAUGGGUUUGGCGAAAGAAAUCAUGGGUAGAUCUUUAAUUGACUUUUCGUCGUCGUCGUUGUCGCCAUUUGCUCCGACGAGUUCGAAGUUGUCGUUGGUUCGGAGACCGGUGAUGGUUCCUCUGCAGCAGAAGAAGAGGGGUUUGAGGGUGCGCCCAGUUGUGGCGGCAAUCAGCGAGGAUUUGGUGAAGAAGAGCAGCAGCAGCAGCAGUUUUGCGGCGGAUAACGAGGAGAAGUCGACGGCGAAAUUCACGGUGACAGCUAGGUUGAUAGUGAGGAACAAACAUAAGGAAGAUUUGAAGGAGACUUUCGUCAAACAGUUGGACGCCAUUACCGACAGGAUUGGCAGGAACGUUGUAUUGGAGCUUAUUAGCACUGAACUCGAUCCCAAAACUAAGGCGCUAAAGAGAAGCAAGAGGGCUGUGUUGAAGGACUGGUCAAAGAAGUCAAAUAUUAAAGCUGAAAAAGUUCAAUACUCGGCUGAUUUCACUCUGGACUCCGAUUUUGGACUGCCUGGAGCAAUCACAGUGAGCAAUAAACACCAGCGGGAGUUCUUCCUGGAGAGUAUUGCCCUUGAAGGAUUUGCUUCUGGCCCAGUUCAUUUCCCUUGCAAUUCAUGGGUUCAAUCCACCAAACACCAUCCUCCCAAGAGGAUUUUCUUCUCUAAUGAGCCAUACCUACCAAGUGAGACACCACCUGGGCUGAGAUCUUUGAGGGAAAGAGAGCUGAAAGAUCAAAGAGGAGAUGGAAAAGGAGUCCGGAAGUUAUCUGAUAGGAUCUAUGAUUAUGACAUCUACAAUGAUCUGGGGAAUCCAGACAAGGGCAUUGACUAUGCUAGGCCAAUUCUUGGUGGGGAGAAGAUCCCAUACCCAAGACGGUGUCGUACUGGCCGUGAAUCAACUUAUACUGAUUCUAAUGCUGAGAGCCGUGUGGAGAAGCCAUCCCCAAUGUAUGUGCCUAGAGAUGAACAGUUCGAGGAGUCCAAGCAGAAGACUUUCUCAUAUGGGAGGCUUAAAGCAGUUCUCCACACUCUGGUCCCAUCUCUGAAGGCCAGCAUUUCUGCGGAGAAUCGAGAUUUCAGUGCCUUCACUGACAUUGACAUCCUCUACAAAGAAGGUCUCCUUCUCAAAGUUGGGAUUCAGGACGAAAUCUGGAGGAGGCUGCCUUUGCCUAGGGUGGUGACCAAGUUCCAAGAGUCUAGUGAAGGACUUCUGAGAUAUGACACUCCCAAGAUUCUUUCCAAGGACAAGUUUGCCUGGUUGCGAGAUGACGAAUUUGCCCGCCAAGCCAUUGCUGGUGUUAAUCCAGUGAACAUUGAACUUCUCAAGGAAUUCCCACCUAAGAGCAACCUGGAUCCUGAAACCUAUGGUCCUCUGGAAUCUGCUCUUAAGGAAGAACACAUCUUGGGACAACUCCAUGGCAUGUCUGUUCAACAGGCUUUGGAGGAGAAGAAGUUAUUUAUAGUAGACUACCAUGAUGCCUACCUUCCAUUUUUGAACCGGAUUAACGCACUCGAUGGAAGAAACACAUAUGCAACUCGUACCAUAUUCUUCUUGACCUCCGAGGGCACACUUAAACCCAUUGCAAUAGAGCUGAGCUUGCCACCUUCAGGACCAUGUAAGAGAACAAAGCGUGUGGUUACUCCUCCAGUUGAUGCAACCAGCAAUUGGAUUUGGCAGCUUGCCAAGUCUCAUGUUUGCUCCAAUGAUGCUGGUGUUCAUCAGCUAGUGAAUCACUGGUUGCGAACGCAUGCCUGCAUGGAGCCAUUCAUUCUGGCAGCACACAGGCAGAUGAGUGCAAUGCACCCAAUCUUCAAGCUUCUGGAUCCUCACAUGAGGUAUACGCUCGAGAUCAAUGCCCUUGCCCGUCAGAGCUUGAUCAAUGCUGAUGGCGUUAUUGAAUCUUGCUUCACCCCUGGACGCUACUGUAUGGACAUUAGUGCAGCUGCAUACAAGAACUUUUGGCGUUUCGACAAGGAAGGCCUCCCUGCUGAUCUCAUCAGAAGGGGAAUGGCAGUACCAGACCCAACACAGCCACAUGGGUUAAAGCUUCUACUUGAGGACUACCCAUAUGCUCAAGAUGGUCUCCUGAUAUGGUUCGCCAUCGAGAACUGGGUUCGGACCUACGUAAACCAUUACUACCCAACCUCAACCAUGAUCACCAACGACACGGAGCUACAGCUCUGGUACUCCGAAUCAGUCAAUGUGGGUCACGCUGACCUCUCUGAUGCAGAGUGGUGGCCCAAGUUGGAGACCAGCGAGGAUCUGGUCUCCAUCCUCACCACCAUCAUCUGGCUCUCUUCAGCGCAGCAUGCUGCGCUAAACUUUGGGCAGUACCCUUAUGGAGGGUACGUGCCCAACAGACCUCCCCUAAUGAGGAGGCACAUUCCUGAACAGGGUGACCCUGAAUACGAAAAUUUCCAAGCCGACCCACAAAAGUACUUCCUCUCAGCAUUGCCUAGUUUGCUUCAAGCUACUAAGUUCAUGGCUGUGGUGGACACUCUGUCGACUCACUCGCCCGACGAGGAGUACCUUGGGGAGAGGCAGCAGCGGUCAAUAUGGUCGGGGGAUGCAGAGAUAGUCGAGGCAUUCUUCGAGUUCUCGGUAGAGAUUCAACGGAUUGAAAAGGAAAUCGAGAAGCGGAACAGUGAUCCUAGCUUGAAGAACAGGUGUGGUGCUGGUGUGUUGCCAUAUGAGCUGCUGGCUCCUAGCUCUGAGCCUGGUGUGACAUGUAGAGGAGUGCCUAAUAGUGUGUCCAUAUGAUGUGUAUGUCAUUUUUCAGUGACCAUUCUUAUAUGAAUGUUUGUUUGUAGCUAAUUAAGGGGUCUGGGAUUAGAGGGCUUUUGGCUGCUAAUUGCAGUCUCAUUACGUAGAAAUGUAUAUGCCAUAGUAUAUCACUCAAUAAAUAAAAACGGCCCUGUUUUCUUGUCUUCCAUAUGUAAAUUUUGUGCUAAAUUAUAUGGUUGGUCACUCGUAUCUACAUAAAAGAAAAUAUCGUUUAUCUGUCACAAUCAACUCAAUUAGUUAUUAAUAAAAGAGCUUAUAUUUUCUUCUUUUCCUUUGUUUCUUCGUUUAUUAAGCUGGCGCUAGAGAUCUCAUGCAGAUCUACCAAAUUCUAACAGCGGCCAUCUAAUGAACCUCCUAUCAUUUUAUUUAGUCAGAAACACGAACUCGUGGUGAAUCUCUAGAAGUAGGAAGUUUUUUUAUAGCUCAUUCAAAUCUUCAACAACCUCCAAGAUUUGGUGCCGCAGGUCGGGUUGAUGAGAGUACUCAUGUCUGUCCCGCCCUAAAACAGGCCAAACAAGUCGGAUAAAACGGAUCAAGUUAAAAUUAUCAUCUCUUAUUGUACGCGGUGUUAUUUGGUUGAAUAGACAUUUGACAAUGUAAAUAUUUCCAAUAGUGUUGUUUGUUAUAAAAAAAAAUUAGAUGAGACAUUUUUAAUGAGUAAUCUCAUUUGUAUACAAUUAUCAUUUUGGCCUUAUAAUAUGUUUCAUUAUCUUGUUUGCUAUCCUAAUCAAACUAGUCAUGACUUCAGCUUCAAGACUAUGAAGGCUAUGAAAUGCAUUAUUUAACGAAUGAGCUAUGAUAUUAUGUCGCUCAUGUGGUUCCUAUUCAGGAUUAUGAAGUUUCUUUUUCUUGCAAAAUUACUAGAGAAGCUGAAAGAAAUAUGGAUGGACACAGAAUACAAAUUGAUUUGUCGGUUGAUUCAUCUAGUGUUGACCUUGCCCAUUUCAACGGCUAUCACGGAGAGAACAUUUUCAGCAAUGAAAAAUGUGAAGACUAAUUUGCGCAACAAAAUGAGCAAUGAAUUUCUCGUUAAUUGCUUAGCUAUUUUCUUUGAGAGAUGUAUAGAUGGAGAUUCUGUUAUUGAUGAAUUAGUCAAAUUAAAAGAUCUUCUAGUAACAUAGGGAUUCUAAUGAAUGAAAACUAUAAUU